AUGAAUGUGGAUACUCAAGAAGUAAAUAUUGCUGUGGAUAAGGAUGGUACAAAGGUUAAGAAUGAUAAUGUUGAUAGUGGCAACAUAGAUGAGAAAUCGGUAGAAACUAUUGAGGUUGAGAUCCCAACCCAAACAGAGCAACCAUCAGAUAUAGGAAAACCUACUGAAGAAAAAUAUGUUGGCACAAGGCCACUGGAGAUAGAGAUACCGACAGUUGAACUUACUAAAAAACCUACUGAGCCAGAGGUGAAUAAUGAUACAGGAGAACGUGAAGAAUUGGGAGGAGAAACAUUGAAUAGAAUAGAGCAUGUAAUUCAAAACAUGGUUCAGACUAAUACAGAGGAAGAACAAAAAGAAAUAGAAGAAGAAGAAAAAGAAGUAGAAGAAAAAGAAGUGGAAGUGUCAAUACAUUUUGUAGAAAUCAAUCUAAACAUUGACGAUGAUACUUCUAGACCUCAGCAAGCCAAUCAAGACAAACCUGAUAAUGAAAGAACUAUUGCAUCUGGGUUAGGAAAUCUAGCUGAGGCUACUAAUAAAGUAUAUCAAGAAGAGAAACAAACAAAUGUUAUGUUAAGUGUGCAUGUUCCACCUUCUUUUUCUUGGGGAUCAAUUGCUCUUGAAUUAUUGAAAUUAUUGGAAAAUAAGGAGGAAGAAUGGAAAAGAGAAAAAAGAGUUCUUAGAAAGAAAACUGCAAGAGAAAGAUGUAGAAAUAAAUAA